UUUUCCUCUAGAUAUUGAAGAGCUUUGAAAGCUUUUUGAUUCCUCAGCUGUCCAGCUCACCACCAGAUGUUGAGGCAAUGAGGAUCUACCUGAUUCUCCCUGAAUUCCCACCCUUCCAAGACUCCAAGUAUUAUAUCACAUUAACACUUCCUCUAGCAAUGGCUAUUCUGCGCCUAGAUACCAACCCCAGCAAAGUUCUUGAUAACUGGUGGUCUCAAGUGUGCCCAAGAUAUUUCCUUAGGCUAGUGGACCUCUAUAAAGGUGCAGUGGUUUACCUCCUCAGUGGAAGAAAGACACUGUUGAUCCCAGUCCUGUUCAGUAGCUACAUUACAGCUGCUCUCAGACUUCUGGAGAAACUCCACAAGGUAAAUCAGAAGGUUAAACAUGUAGAAUAUGAUAAGUUUUAUAUCCCUGAGAUUUCCAACUUGGUGGACAUUCAAGAGGAUUAUCUCAUGUGGUUCUUACAUCAGGCUGGAAUGAAAGUAAGACCAUCUAUCAUGCAGGAUGCUGUGACACUCUGUUCAUAUCCUUUCAUCUUCGAUGCUCAGGCUAAGACCAAGAUGUUACAGACAGAUGCAGAACUGCAGAUGCAGGUUGCAAUAAAUGGUGCAAAUUUGCAGAAUGUCUUCAUGCUUCUCACCCUGGAGCCUCUGCUGGCCAGAAGCCCUUUCCUGGUACUUCAUGUUCGCAGGAAUAACUUAGUCGGUGAUGCUUUAAGGGAGUUGAGCAUCCAUUCAGACAUUGAUUUGAAAAAGCCUCUUAAAGUCAUCUUUGAUGGUGAGGAAGCUGUUGACGCUGGAGGUGUGACAAAGGAAUUUUUCCUCCUGUUAUUAAAAGAACUCCUCAACCCUAUCUAUGGCAUGUUCACUUACUACCCAGAGUCAAACCUGCUAUGGUUUUCAGACACGUGUUUUGUAGAACACAACUGGUUUCACUUGAUCGGCAUCAUAUGUGGUCUUGCAAUAUACAACUUCACAGUGGUAGACCUUCACUUUCCCUUGGCUCUGUACAAAAAGCUCUUGAAUGUGAAGCCCUGCCUAGAGGAUUUGAAGGAGCUGUCCCCUACAGAAGGAAGGAGUCUUCAGCAACUUUUAGAUUACCCUGGGGAAGAUGUAGAAGAGACAUUCUGCUUGAAUUUUACAAUAUGCAGGGAAAGCUAUGGUGUGACAGAGCAGAAGAACCUGGUUGAAGAUGGAGAUAAAAUUCUGGUGCAGAAGGACAAUAGGGAAGAAUUUGUUGAAGCCUACAUAAAUUACAUCUUCAACCUCUCCAUCCAUGAGUGGUACACGGCCUUUUCCACUGGCUUCCUGAAAGUGUGUGGUGGGAAAGUCCUGGAACUCUUCCAGCCCACAGAGCUCAGAGCCAUGAUAGUUGGAAACAGUAACUACAACUGGGAGGAAUUGGAGGAGAGUGCAGUCUAUAAGGGAGACUACACUGCGACACACCCAACCGUGAGAAUGUUUUGGGAAACCUUUCAUGCAUUUCCCUUGGAAAAGAAGAAGAAAUUUCUCUUGUUUCUGACGGGCAGCGACCGCAUUCCCAUCUACGGCAUGUCCAGCCUGCGCAUCGUCAUCCAGUCCACCGCCAGCGGGGAGCAGUACCUGCCCGUGGCCCAUACCUGCUACAAUCUCCUGGACCUGCCCAAGUACAGCAGCAAGGAGAUCCUCAGUGCCCGGCUGGUGCAAGCCAUCGAUCACUACGAGGGCUUUAGCUUAGCUUGACCAGCGUGGGAGAGGCACAGACACUUGGGUACGGAGGAGGAACACGACGGGUUUGGCUUUAUUUUUGUAAGGGAAUGGAUCAAAACAUUUUGGGGGAAAAUAUAAUUAAUAAUAAUAAUAGAUUGAGAUGAUGCAGUCUCAGCCUGAUGCUGCCAGCGUUUUGUGGGGCUUCAGCAGGGAGAGGCUAUUGCUUUGAAUUUUCUCAUCUACUGAACAAAAUCAGUUCAGUGGGCGUUUUUGUUGUUUCCAACUUGGCACCACUGCCCUCCCAGCAAUUCCUUGUAGUUUGCUUUUAUUGCCCCUGCACACACACACACUUACCUCUCCUUUUAAUCCAGUUUAAAUAUUUGGAUGUUCCUUCCAUGUAGGCUGUGAAGAAAGUUGAGGAUGAAAUAGUGAUCUCCUUUUUGAAAAGCUGUGAUUUCCCCCCCCGUCCCCGCCUUUCCCCCCCCUUUUUAAAUGCAAGCUGGUUCUUGCUUGCUUUGACUGGAAAUAUCCCCUCUGCCCUUUGGCCCUUGGUGAAUGGUACUGGGCUGGGACGUCAGUUGUGACCCCCAGCGUGGUGUAUUAGUGAUGCUCUGUCUUUUUUGCACCAGGAUGUCUCAUGGAGAAUAUGAUGGGUUGGUGUCGUGGCUUGUUUUUUUCUCACUUGUCUCAUAUUCUGUUUCCAAGCAAUGUCUUCUUAGAGAAGCCUCAAACUCCUCUGGAGUGGGGUUUGUGUUCAAGCUUGUGGAAGGACAAACCCUGCCUAUAAUCACGGGUUUCUCAAAUUGCAUCUCUCCUGUGUUGUGUUUCUGUCUUGGCAAGUCCACAAGUUAGAUGGGUGGGCUUUGGCGAGCCCUGUUUUCCAUCUGAACAGACCUGUUAUUCCAACACAAGGUGAGGUGGCUGCUGUUACCACUGGCACCUUUCUCCAGAGGGGUC